AUGAGUUUUCUAUGGAGCGGCAGUGCUCUUAUUUCCUUUUCUGGCCUUGGAGGGCCAAGUAACACAAAAGAGGAAGACGUCGCUCUAGAAGAGGCGUCCGAGCGGGGAACAGUCGCUUCGGCGCCCGCUGCCCAUUUGGAAGAGUCGGAUGGGGAAAAGCGCGGCGAACAGCAGUGGCGUGAGCUAGAUGAAGUAUGGAGUGGCAACGGCGAAAACAGGGAGCCGCAGCGGACUGGGAAAAGCUUGUUCCCUUUCGUGAGCAACGGUAGUCGCUCAGGUCCUGACCGCGAUUGGCCCUCCACAACUCCCGAAGCGUUACCGCCUCAUGACGCAGCAGCUGACGAGUCUGGUGUAUGUACACCUCCGCCCGUGGCUCCGUCGUCUGGCAGCUGGCGUCAAAGUGGGUCUCUGAGAAAGUCGAAUCAUCUCCGAGGGGAUCCCCGUUUCUGGAGUCCCCCACGUGAAACGCAUGCCUCUGAGCCGCGACAACUUGGCAGUGGAGACAGUCACUCCCUGGUUGGAGCGGCGGAAUCCCUUUCGCCUCGUGAAGAUGCUGUCGCUCAGGGAUCUUCCCGUAUGCCGCUCACCUACGGUGUGUUGGGCGAACGUGCAGGGGAGUCCCGUCACGCGGUUGCUCAACCUGGUGGUCUUCCUCCCUACCCUGUCCCUACAGCCUCGCGCUCUCUGUCUCCGACGCUUAGUCCACGGAUGGACGAGCGAAUUUCGCCGCUGUCUGCUCGAGAGGACGGAGACAGAAAAGGGAACUUUGAAAGUCAGAUGCACCCGCCUCUUGUCGGCCGACCGGUAGAAGAGGGAACGCCGUCAAGAGAAGAUACCGAGCAGGAAGCAGCGCCUCACCACUUUGGCCGCCCGGGUAUCCACAGAAAGACUGGGAGCGGUGACGAAGGCCGAGGAAGAGACGCCGAUGUGUCGUGCCGCGACAGGACGAUGGCUGCGGACGACUUGCCACGCGAUGUAAAGACGCAGCUGUCCUUCGGGGGCAGUGGCCCUCGGCGGACGUCUCUCUCAGGAUCGGUUCCUGCGCCCAGUGAGUCCCUCCUUCAACAGCGCCAGCACAAUCGCCGCCAGCAACAAGAACUCUUGCAGCAUUCCUCCUCGUCGAGUUCUUCCAGCUCCGCUUUUCCUUCUCGCCUGCGGCAUUCGUCGCCCGCGGCCGACCCCGCGACCGCCUCUCAAGAACGGCGAGGAAGGUGGGCCCAGUCCAGGCGUGACAGCGACGGCGCAGUUGCCGCCGCCUCGCCGUCUUCGUCCGACCACGGCGGGGUCGAGAGGGAGAUCGACGGCGGGGUGGGGUGGGCGAGGCGGAGAGGAGGAAGUGAAAGGCCGGAGGAACAAGAAGGAGACGCUGUGGCUGCCGCAGCUGCCCGGGCCGCACGCCGAAGAGUCUUGCUUCAGAAACUUUUUGGAGUCAAGAACUCAGCCAGCGGGGAGAGAGGCGAGAGAAAGUGGCAAAGCAUGGAAGACCGCAAUCUGGUCCAUUUUAUGCACAUGCACCGUCACACCUUCUUUCGACGACUCAGAAGAGGGGUGCCUCCUUCACACAGGUGGAACGCGUGGAAGGCCGUCUGCCUGCCGCCUCCUGAGCAUCGAUGUGCUUGUCCUUCGUCCUCGUUUCCUACCUCGGAGUCCGUCGACGCCUCGGGGGCUCCAGGCCACGGCUUCCAUCCUCAGUCUCAGCCUCUGAUUUCCUGUGUCUCCUCGCCGGCGGCGGGCGGUGUUGGGUCUGCGCUCACGAGAACGUUCUCGAGCCCACAGAGGCCGCUCGCAGGGGGCCCAGGGACCGCAGGCCGGACUGAGAGAGAGUGUAGGAGAGCCGACAGUGGGGAGGCCUCGUUUGCGCCUUCGCAGAGACAACGAGGGCAAGGGAAAGAGGGCGAACCGCUGGACACAGCGUGUGGGCCGGGGGGGAAUUGCAGAGAAGGGAGGCGGUCUCUAGCCACGGACGCGGGUCGCAGAGAGGGACAUGAUCGGCGUCGUCUUUCGGGCCAAGAGGCGAGGAAACUGACAGGCGGGGAAGAGCACGAAGACGCAGUCGGCUGCUGUAGAGCUGGAGGAGACUGCCGAAGAGUUUACGAAAGAGAAGCCGAGAGGAGGUCCAGUUUCUUCGCGCUCAUCAUGAUCGAUGUGCCCCGGACGUUUCCAGAUGUCGAAGUUUUCGAUAAGGAUGCCCAGGCGCUGCUGUGUCGGAACCUCAACGCCUUUGCCAACAUACACCCCGAAGUCGGCUACUGCCAAGGCAUGAACUUCAUUGCAGGUCUUCUGCUUCUUGUUUCAUCGUUCGAUGAGUUCGACGCCUUCUGCGUCUUCCGCGCGCUCAUGCAGCGGUACAGACUCAAGGGAUUCUUUCAGGAGAAGUUUCCUCUUCUUCGGAAAUACAUGAAAGUUUUCGACACUCUGGCUUCUCAGCAACUCCCAGAGCUUCGUCAACACUUCCUCGAUGAGGGAGUCCUUCCUGCAGUCUAUCUUCACCAGUGGUUCCUAACAUUGUUUGUCACCUCGCUGCCGCUUCGGAGUGUCUGCGUCCUCUGGGACUUCCUUCUGGGAGAAGGACUUCAUGGCCUGCUUGAACUUGCAGUCGCUCUUCUCAAAGUUCUUACGCGCUUCAUCAUUCAUUUACGGUUCGAAGAAGUCGUAAAGUUUCUCAAGUCUUUGAAGAGCAGCGGAGGCGGCUGCGACGACUUCAAAGUCGGCAAGAUGCUGGUGAAACAGGCCGCGAAGGUCCAGGUGCCAGACGCUCUUCUCCAGGAGCUUCUGACGGCAGAUCUUGCGGUGCUCAUGCGCGAAGCCGAGGAAGAGGAAGUCGCGGAGGCGCAGGCGCGCGCGGCGGGCGUUGCAGCGGCCGCCGCGGCUGCAGCUGUUCCCGAGGACGGAGCGCAGGGAAACCCGCUGGUCGAGACUCUGACGGAAGAGGAAGAGGGAGAGGACGAGGCGUUCGAUAGGGGUGGUCUCCACAGAGUCAGUCAUCACGGAGGCAUGUGGAAGGAGAAGAGACAUCACGAGAGAAGCGAACGGCAGGAGCGAGGAGCUCAGUACGGAGAGGCCGCGGCUUUGGCUGCAGGCCGCGGAGGCAGCCACGUGCAUGCGCAGCGAGGAGACUGCACCGAGGACGAGAGCCGGGAGAAGCGGACUGCGUUUUCACCGGAACUCGGCGCCGCGCAGCAGCGGGUGUCUUCUGCCUUCUCGUCGUGGGACGAGCUCCCCUCGCCCUGUGGGAGCCGUCGUCAUUCGGUUUCUUCGGGGAAAAGGGAGGGUGGGGACGCGAGCGGGAGAGAGAGGGGCGAGCAACAGGGAAGACGCGGCAGAUCCGGGACGAGUCCGCCGCGGCGGCCAGGAGGCGACCUGCAGGACGAAGAAAUGCAAGUGUUGACUUCGACGAUUCCGCUGCGGCCUGAAGGCGAAGGCGAGACACUUCGCCGUCGGGCGUCGUCGCUCUCGGACGGCGCAGACGCCGAGGCAAUCCUAGGGUCCGCCUCAGCUCCCGUGGCGCACAGUGCAACGGUCCAGCAUGCGCGCUCGCCGCCGUCUUCUCCGGUUGACGCGUUAAAUGCGUCGCCGGCUUCUUUCGCCUCCGAGGCGGCGUGGCAACUCCCCGAGCGGGCAGACGCAGGUUGUCGCGCCCCGUUUGCCAAGGCGUCCGAGGUCAAGCUCGCCAGCCCCUCGACUUCCUUUCCUCCCCGUAGUCCCAAAGCUUCUUCUCUCCACGGCCGAGAGGCAGCGGCCGCUCUUCGCUGUUCAGGGGAGGACGGGAGACGCACAGAAGCAACGGAGGAAUCCGGGAGGACGCGGAGAGAGAGAUCUGUGUGCGCGGAACUUCGUGCACAUUUUCCGAGCGCCUGUGAAUCGCUGGAGGCUGUGUCAUUUGUUCGGGGAUGGAGUGGCAUAGGCAACGAGGGAGAGGAAUCUGAAACGGAGGAGAGGAGAGGAUCUGUGUCUCCGUCGUCUCGUGCAUCCCGCGCAAACCGAGCGAAACUUCCCAAACCGGCUUGUGGUGUUUCCGCACGUGGUCAGUGUAGUUUCGAUCGCUUCCCCAGCAAACUUCGGCGCACAGGAACGCCGUGGGGAAAGGGCGAAGGCGCACCAAAGGGGGAAGGGGAGCAGCGCCGCGAGGAGGGCGGGGCAGACGCCAAGGAUCAGGGCACUGAGAAGAAACAAGCUGUGGCGUUUGGGGCCUCAUCCGACGGAUCUUCGCCACUCCUCGAGGAGCCAGCGGACGAGGAGACGACGGAGAGAAGGCGGAAUAGUGGAGAAGCGUUAGUCCUGAAUGCAGAGAACCUCCAGGAUGAGGCUGAACGAGAAGGCUUCUUACCUUGUUACCGCUUAACUGGAGAGGAGAGAGAAGAGGCAAUCGCUAUGAGGCUGGUGGAGCUGUCCCCUCGAUGUUGCAAGCGCCUUCAAACAGGGCCUCAUCUCACGCCUUGCAACAAGCGAGCGUCAACAGUGGAAACGGAAACCAGCACUGUUUCAUCCUGUCCUCAGCUUUCUACGCUUUCUUCUUCCACUCCAAGCGGUUCCCCUCGCCGGACACGCAGGCCCUCGAGUGUCGCGGUUCCAGCAUCGCCAGUCGUAGCGGAGGAGACACCGCUGGAGUCAACGGGGGCGUGUCAGGAGCAGGAUUCGCAGCGAGGUCGAACGGGGCCGGAAGGCGAUGAGUGCUCGGGCGGUGAGGGGAAGCAGGUGGCGAAGAGCGGGGGUUCCAAGCGUGGCUUUGUGGGAGUCAUCACGAGGCUGCUUCCUGUCAACAAAUUGGCCUUACCUGGGCUUUCCUCCUCUUUCUUUCUCCCCGCGAGGUCUCGGGGAACCGCCCAUCCUGUCGAAGAAGGCCCCGCUCCGGACUCGCCCGCCGUCCCUGAUGGCAGGCACGCAGACGCGCCAGGCCAGACCCAGUCGGUCUCCGGUGGGGCGGGGCUCGAAGCGUAG